AUAAAAUUGUAUUUUAUAAUUUAUUACAGUGAUAAGAUUAAAGUUAUAUUAAAGUUGUUUGCGCGAAUGACUUGGUAUAACAUAUUUGUUUGCAAAGCUUAGUUGAACUGUUAUUAUUCAUAAACAAAUAUCGGUGUAAUGACACAGUUUUAUUUUAACUUAUGACACUGGGAUUGAACAUCAACAUCAAUUUUCAAACGAAAUGGCAGAAACUGACGACGAACAAACUCAUCCACAGAGUAUUAAAUUACCAGCCGCUGUCGAGGUUUUCGCCAAUUUGAAAAACGCUAAAAACUUUGCCAUCGACAUUGGUAUCUCGUUGACAAAGAUUGCCUACUACUCGACGGUCAGCUAUCGUAAAGCAUUGUACGAAAAUGCAGGAAUUGGCAACAGCGGAGAACGAGCCUAUAAGGUGUCAGAAGGCUGUCGCUUGCACUUUGUCAAGUUUGAGACUCGUCAUUUUGAAAAUUGCCUCGACUUUGUCAGGGCAAACUUGGUGCACGCUGAGAGAUUCCAAGGAAAGAGUGUCAAGGUAACCGGUGGUGGUGCUUUCAAGUAUACGCCGCUACUGCAGGAAAAACUAGGCUUAUUAAUCGACAAAGAAGAUGAAAUUGGGUGUCUGAUUAAAGGAUGUAAUUUUUUACUAAAAAAUAUACCAUGCGAAGCAUUUCACUUCAAGAGAAACUCCAAUCCAGAAUACAAAUUUCAGAAGGCAGGCCCUAAUAUUUUUCCCUAUAUGUUGGUGAAUAUUGGAAGCGGUGUCAGCAUCCUCAAGGUGGAAUCAGAAGAGCAGUUUGAAAGAAUAGGAGGAACAGCGACGGGUGGAGGAACAUUUUGGGGACUUGGUUCAUUACUCACCAAGGCAAAGGGUUUUGACGAACUGCUACAGCUGGCUGAACGUGGCGAUCAUCGUAAUAUCGAUAUGCUAGUCAAGGAUAUAUAUGGAGGCGAUUACACAAGUCAAGGUUUGCCUGGUGACCUGAUCGCAUCUUCUUUUGGUAAAGCGAUGAGCUGCAAUAAUAAUUCUGGGGCGCGAAAUUUUUCUGAGGCUGAUAUAGCACGCAGUUUACUGUUCACUAUCAGCAACGACAUAGGGCAGAUCGCUAGUCUUUAUGCGAAUAAUCAUAAUUUGAACAAAGUCUAUUUUGGCGGUUAUUUUCUCAGGAAUCAUCCGCUCUCGAUGCACACCAUCUCUUACUCCAUCAAGUACUGGUCUCACGGAAAAGUUAAACCACUGUUUCUGCGACACGAAGGUUACUUGGGUGCAAUAGGAGCAUUUUUGUAUGGUACAGAACAAUCGGACAAGUAUAGUUGGUUGGAAAAUUAUGCUGGGUCGUCCGGAUUCAAGGAUUCAAUAUCGACAAAACUUGGCAUUGAAGUUGACCAACUGGAAAUAGAUCAAGCUGAAAAUGCAGUAACUUUUUGUCCGUUGCUGAAAGAUCCUUCUACAUAUAAUCCGGACACCAUGGACCUUGUUCAAGAUAAGGAGGCGAGGGAUUAUUGGCUUCAAUGCUUCGAAGAAUCUGUGGACAAAUUCAUUGCCAGAGCUGUAAUGAGUCAGCCUCAAAGUCCGACUGCUCAAGAUCGGGCUGUUAAACUCAAAGAAAAGUACAUCAACAGACUGCACUAUCUGCAUGUCGAGCCAUUCGCCUAUGGAGCUCUAACCGUUCGGACUCUGCUGGACACAAUUGAACACUGUAUGAAAGAAUUCGACUUUCCAGAUCCUUAUUUGCAUCAAAAGAAAGACGAGAAUGAGCAAGCCCUGCAGCAUUUGCAAGAACGGAUUUCAGCGAUUGACCAAUUAGAAGGCUCUGCAAAGGUAGAGGCAUUGAUUAUGGGUGUGUUAAGUGGUAAUAUGUUUGAUUGGGGCGCAAAGGAAGUAGCUGCGAUUAUGGAAACAACUGACUUUGGUUUUAAGGAGGCCCAAUCUAAGAUACCUGGCAGACCGUGGCUAGUAGAUUGUCUCGAUGCUUGGAUAGAGAGAUUGAAGAAAUGUCCGCCCCACAAGUGCGCUGCUAUCUUCGUUGACAACAGUGGCGUUGAUAUAAUAUUGGGAAUUUUGCCUUUUGCUCGAGACUUACUGCAGAGGGGAACGAAGGUGAUAUUGUGCGCGAAUUCAGCGCCUGCUUUGAAUGACGUUACUUAUCCAGAGCUGGUGGUGACUUUGAGGAACGCAUCAAAAAUUUGUAACGUCAUUAAAAAAGCGAUCAAAGAGCGAAGACUAAUUGCGAUGGAGACGGCGCAAGCUGGACCCUGUUUGGAUUUGAGCCGACUGAAUUUGGAUUUAUGUCUGGCUAUGGUAAGAAACAAUGUGGACUUGAUGGUGAUAGAAGGCAUGGGGCGUUCAUUGCACACUAAUCUUCAUGCCAAGAUGAAAUGCGAAUGUUUAAAGUUGGCCGUUGUCAAAAACCGCUGGUUAGCUAGACGCUUGGGCGGCGAUAUGUACGCAGUCAUCUGUAAAUAUGAACCAUUAGUACGAAAAGACAAAAACUCUGAUAAAAAUGGAUUGAAGAAAUCGAAAGACAAAACUACAUGUGACGCUGCAUGUAAAGAAGGUUCAAAAAAUUUCUGCACAUGUGCAAAUGAUGGUGGCAUCAAUAAGACUGAUAUCAAAAAGAAGAGACACACAUCCAAAGGCAGCUUUGAUAGCGAUGAUAACAAUGAUGACGACGACAGUGAUGGUGGUAACUCAUCAUCCAGUAGCUGAAUGCGAAUAAUUUUUUACAGAAAAUGAAUGAUCAUGAAAGAAAAUGAAAUAAUUGAACUGUGUCUAGUCGAGGCGACCUUAUGUAAC